CUUCAACAAGUCUCUUAAUCAUAACUUAAUUAAGCUAAUUUCAUUUGGUGAAGAUUAUCAUGAGGCAAAAGAUUGUGAUUGAGAUACCACUUCACUCUGCAAAAUACAAGAGGAAAAUAUUAACAAUAUGCACCAUUGCGGAUGGUGUUACAUCGGUUAGUUUUGAAAGAGAAGGAAAAGAUAGAGUGGUGAUUAAAGGAGAAGAUGUUGAUGCAGCAAGAGUGACAGAAUGUCUGAGAGAGAAAGUCACCAAGCAUGCAAGACUUGUUACUGUGGCCAUGGAUGAUUAAUAGCUAUGUGUAAUUUUGUUUGCAAUAUGUGUUUAAUAUUCAUUUGUAGAAAAUGUGAUUGUUUAUUUGUUACAAUUAUUCUGUAAAUUUAUUAAUCCAUUGUUUGUAUUAUUUU